AAGAAACUACACAUCUGCCACCUUCCAGGUUGCAACAAGGUCUACGGCAAGACUUCCCACUUGAAGGCCCACCUCCGCUGGCACGCUGGGGACCGACCCUUCGUAUGUGCCUGGCUCUACUGUGGCAAGAGCUUCACUCGCUCGGAUGAACUGCAGCGACACAUGAAGACACACACAGGGGACAAAAAAUUCGUCUGCCAGAUAUGCGGGAAGAGGUUCGCCAGGAGCGAUCAUUUAAGUAAACACGUGAAAACACAUGGCUCUGCUAAG